CGAACCUUUGCCAGGGCGAGCGCUGACUAAGCAGUGGUCAACGUCUUCCAAAUCCUCUUCGAAAAGAGGAGCCCCUCGCACCAUAGCAUAUCCGAGUGGAGAAUGCAGAGCAUUGCACGGGACUCGGACGAAAGCUCCGACGAUGAAUUCUUCGAUGCACAUGAGGGCCUGUCUGAGAAUGAAGAGGUGUUCCCGAAAGAAAUUGCGAAAUGGAAUUCAAAUGAUCUCAUGGAUAAGAUUGAAACGGCAGAAACCGAUGAAGUUCCAGAUGAUCCAAGCCUUGAAUCAGCAGCGGAGUAUCAUGUUGGAUGCAGCGUGGAAAGGCUAAGUAUUAUUGAGGAUGAAGUUGUACCUCCGCUGGCGCAGCCCAGCCAAAUCCACGUCCUCCUUUUGGUCCUGCAUGGAGGCAACAUCCUCGAUACGGGAAGUGGCGAGCAAAGCUCCAAGCAGGGGGACGUCAACACCAUCGCCACAGCUUUCGAUACUGUCAUCAGGGUCCAUUAUCCGGCCGCCCUGGGACGGAUCGCCAUCAAGUUAGUCCCUUGUCCGGCCAUCUGCUCCGAAGCGUUUUCCCUGGUUUCCAACCUCAGCCCGUACAGUUACGAUGAAGGCUGCCUUUCCAAUAGUCAGGAUCACAUCCCACUCGCUGCGCUUCCUCUCCUGGCAACAUCCUCCCCACAGUACCAAGAGGCAGUUGCCACGGUGAUCCUGAGAGCCAAUCAAGUGUACGGUGACUUUAUCAAAUCCCAAGAAGGCGCAUCUUUCAGUGGCCAGGUGUGCCUGAUUGGGGACUGCGUGGGAGGAAUCCUGGCCUUUGACGCCCUUUGUUACAGCAACCAGACCAUGCCGGAGAGUCAAAACAGUAGCCGGCGCGGGAGCGUCAUCAGCGUGCAGGACACGGAUCUCUUGUCUCCCGGCAUCCUCGUGAACAACAGCUAUUGCUCGGAAGGCUGCGGCCUGGAAGCCACCCGGCACCUCAGCCGGAGCACGGCCGACCUCCCGCGCAGCAACGAGGAAGACGCCAAGAAGCAGCAGCUGCUGCGGAAGAGGAGCGACUCGUCCACCUUCGAGCUGGACACCCUGAAGCAGCACCAGGCGUUCCUGUCCAGUUUACAUUCUAGUGCUCUGAAGAACUUCCCGGGGUCAAGGCGAUCCAGUAGUUCCACUCAACUGGACGGUGGGAAUGUUGGGAAAUUUGAAUUUGAGGUCACCGACUUCUUCCUGUUUGGGUCUCCUCUGGGGCUGGUCCUUGCCUUACGGAAAACCAUCAUACCAACUCUUGACAUCUUCCAGUUGAGACCAGCUUGCCAGCAAGUCUACAACCUGUUCCAUCCAGCUGAUCCUUCUGCCUCCCGCUUGGAGCCUCUUCUAGAGAAGAAGUUCCACAUCUUGCCCCCCUUCAGCAUUCCACGUUACCAGAGGUUCCCUCUUGGGGAUGGCAAUUCAGCCCUUCUGGUGGAAACAGUCCAGAACCACCCUGCCCUCCUCGUUGAAAGCAACCUUCUGGUUGCUCUUCAGAACCAGGACACCUUCAUGGAAACCAGUAUCCCCGUUCCCACCUUGAACUGGCAAGACGUUUCCAAUAAAAAUUCUGGAUUUGCUGAGUCAGAUGUUGUUCAGUCUCAUGGUGGCGUCUUCGUGGAAAACGCGUCCCCGUCUGCUCCCGUUUCAGGCCCCCAGUUCAGGGGCUUCCGGAGAGCAAGCGAAGUGAGCAUUGUCAGCCAAGUGUCGGGAAUGGCAGACAGUUACACUGCUUCCAACAUAGCUAACAAGAAAAAACAUCUCAACCACUCCAGAGGGUUUAGCCUUCUGGCUCUGCUAGCACUCCCCCACAAAUCCCCCAUUCAGACCUCCCCCCAAAGGACUAGGGGGCCCAAGCCUGAAAGAUCCCAGAAUCCUUUGGGAAGAAGGUUUGAGAGCUCCCUCCACGGAGAAGUGGAUACCGUUCAUCUGAUUCCAGACUUUGACGUCAACAAAGUUGCUGCGAAAUGGUGGGGGACCAAAAGGAUCGAUUAUGCUCUCUACUGCCCUGAUGCAUUGACUGCCUUCCCCACAGUCGCCUUACCACACCUUUUUCACGCAAGUUACUGGGAAUCCACGGACGUGGUCUCCUUCCUCCUCAGACAGGUGAUACGGCACGAGAACGCCAGUAUUCUAGAAGUGGACGGGAAAGAAGUCUCGGUCUUCACGCCUUCCAAACCAAGGGAGAAAUGGCUUCGCAAACGGACCCACGUCAAGCUAAGGAACGUCACAGCCAACCACCGAAUCAAUGACGCCGUGGCCAACGAGGAAGGGCCCCAGAUGUUGAACGGGAGGUUCGUGUACGGCCUGUUAGACAUGGUCACGCUCACAGGGGAGAAGGUGGACAUUCACAUCAUGACCCAGCCCCCCUCAGGGGAAUGGGUUUACUUCGACACGGAGAUCACCAACAGCAGCGGUCGGGUUUCUUACAUGAUUCCCGAGAAGAGGCGGCUGGGGAUCGGGGUGUACCCUGUCAAAAUGGUGGUGAGGGGUGACCACACAUAUGCAGACAGCUACAUCACCGUUUUACCCCGGGGGACCGAAUUCGUGGUCUUCAGUAUUGACGGCUCCUUCGCAGCCAGCGUCUCCAUCAUGGGCAGCGACCCCAAAGUCAGGGCCGGAGCCGUCGAUGUCGUACGGCACUGGCAAGACCUCGGCUACCUCAUUAUCUACGUCACGGGCCGGCCCGACAUGCAGAAGCAACGGGUGGUCGCCUGGUUAGCACAGCACAACUUCCCCCAUGGGAUUGUCUCCUUCUGCGACGGGCUGGUGCACGACCCCUUGCGACACAAAGCCAACUUCCUGAAAUCUCUAGUCACGGACCUGGACAUGAAGAUCCAUGCAGCCUAUGGAUCCACCAAGGAUGUCUCAGUCUACACCUCCAUCAACCUGUCCCCUCCACAGAUCUACAUUGUCGGGCGGCCCACCAAAAAGUUACAAAGCCAAUGCCAAUUCAUCACAGAAGGAUACGCGUCCCACCUAGCCCAGCUAGAGUACACGCAUCGGUCCCGGCCUGCCAAGAACACCACCCGGAUGGCGCUCCGAAAGGGCAGCUUCGGGCUCCCGGGGCAGACCGAAUUCCUGCGCAAGAGGAACCACUUGCUGCGGACCAUCUCCUCCCAGCCCGCUGCGUCCGGGAGCCAGAGUGCCAGUUACCGUCCAGAGCGAACACAGAGCCAGUCGGAAAGCGAGCGGGAACGGGAGCGGGAGCGCAGCCAGAGGAGCAUGAGUCUCGCCACGGGCUGCUGGGGCCGAAGCCCGGUCUCGAGGCUCGAACCGGGGAGCUUGGGGCAGAAGUAGAGGCAGCCAAGGCGCGAUGAUGGCCAGCUGCACGUGCCUGCAGGGCGGAAGCAGGGGCAACGGCGAGGCGAGCGGCGUGGGGCUCGUGGGCAAAUAUGGUGCUACUCGUUGCCGGUGGGGCGGCAAUAACCAGGCCAGGAGCAACCGAGCGGUUUUGUUUUCCUUUCCCCCACGAAACCCGCAGGCCCAGAUGGUGGCAGGGGCGUUGGGCCUGCGGAGCGCAACUGGGAGGGCUGCAAACUGGAGCCGCCUUCUCCCCCGAAGAUGCUGGAAGAAGGAAGACCGGAAGCUGCCUCUUCUCCAAGAUCCACCGUUUUCCUGCUCCACCUUUUCUCUUAUCCAGGGUUAGAGAUUGUAAAUAUGUGCCUGUCCAGCUUCUUAGCCAUCCGUCGAAGACGAGAAGAGGGAGAGCACGUGGUGCCACGCAGGAGCACCGGCAGACCAGGCGGUGGAGGGGGGCGUGCAUUCACGGAGGCCGGCCCCGUGACCCAGACAUGGGGAGGGGGACGCUGCCAACUGUCACUGCUUUACAACCACAAUGCCACUUGCUUCAUUUCUGGAAUCAGGAAGGACUCGGGGCCGGCGAACAGCACGCGGAAGCGACGCCCAGACAGCUCCAGGGCUGAGUCCCGUUGACAGUGGCUACGAUAAAGCUACGGGGGCAAUCCGAAUAGAAUGGGCGGUUUAUCGGGGCUGGUUCCAGUUAAAGGAAUGUUUUUUAAAUAGGAGUUUGGAAGCUGGCGGAUUGCACUAAUUCAGGAAAAAAUAAAUAAAGGAAUGUGACAGCCACAAGAUUCUGCCCCUUGGAAUGGAAGGAAGCUGAAACGGAUUUGGGCAAUACGUCCUAAUCUUCAGCCCGUACCUGCAGUAUAAUUUGAAGCCCCGGGGAAGUGCUAUAUUUGCUCAGCCUAAAACAGAAAAUAAAAAGAAGCUACGUCCAAAUUCUUCCCAGCCCUUUUCAGAUUGUUAUUAUUAUUAUUAUUACUAUUAUUUUCCCCCCUGCCCUUAGACUGGGGUCGUUUCUCGUUUUCCAACGUUAGUACCGGCUUUUGGCAGAGGUUGUAAACUUGCUUUCUUUUUAAACUGUAGUUAUAUGCAACUGUAAACCUCAUCGUUUUUAUGUUUUGCACUGAGAACUUUUAGAAAGAAGGUCUGUUUUCUGAAGCUACGCCUUCCGUAUUUAUAGUGCAUGACAUUAAAUGUUGUUAAGCCACGGCACGUCUGUCCAUUCCUACAGACACAAACAUGGCAGGCUGAAUGAAGGGAGAGAUUCCCCCAC